AUGUUGAGCGACGUGGUGUACGCUGAGUCGUGCGGUCAGAAGUACAAGCUGCAGGUGCUUUCCGACUUCCGCACCUUUAAGGAGUUUGCGCUGUCAACGGACGCCUGGACGACGUACUACUCCGAUGCGGUUAUCAAAGUGGAGUCAAAGCCGCCAACUGUAGGGGCAUCGGGGCUCAACAUUGUCCGUGUUCGUCGUGAGAUGAAAGGCAUUCCGUGUGAGGAUCUCUACGACAACUUGCACGACGCCAAGUACCGUGAGAGCUGGGAUGAAAACAUGAUUGAGGGGUACAACAUUGUAAAGCUGAAUCCACACAACGAUAUUGGGUACUACUCAGCGAAGUUUCCAUGGCCGCUUAAGAAUCGAGACUUUUGUAAUAUGCGCUCUUGGAUGGAGUUCACGAACGGAGAAUACAUAAUCUUCAACCACUCCGUCACACACCUGGAGUGCCCAGAAAAAAAGAGCUUUAUUCGGGCUAAAUCUAUCCUCACCGGAUACCUGAUUCAGCCGCUGGGUACUGACGGAUGUGUGCUGACCUACAUCACGCAUAGUGACCCAUGUGGGUCUAUUCCACACGCGGUUAUCAACUUUACCGUCACACGGCUCGUGCCAAAGGUGAUGAAUCAAUGUGAGAAAUGCUCCAAAGACUAUCCAGCGUUUGUAACGAAGAAUCACACCGUACCGCGUGACCAGUUACCGUGGCGCACAACAAAAAUGAACUGGAAUAGUACGUUCAACUUCCCCAGUGAAGAGCUGGCCGCCAGUGCUGCUGCUGCUGCUGAAGAACUAGCCCUAAACCAAGAAGAAGGCCAGACGAUGGACGAUAAAGGACAUGAAAAUAAUGGUCGAGGGGCAUCUCUUCCGAAUGGAACACCACCACAGGCGGCCAUCACAACGUCUGCUCCUAGAAUGACUGAAUCCUUUUCGCUUGUGCCGGUAGCACCCAAUCGUAGAGAUGAUACAAUUGCCGUCCAACAGUAUAGGGCACUCAUGCAUGACGCUAUGAAUACCGUAGAUAGAACAUUCUUACAAGACGGUAGAACACCUGCCUUUGCUGAUUACUUAACACGGCUCGCGUUUAUUAUAGAUGGUAUUAGGCAAACCACUCCACAUUGA